UAAGUCGGCCCCUCGUGUUCCCGACCUUGUCGUAUCUCCGUCCCAUCAUUGCAUAAUCUCCAGAUAGACAGGUUGACCCAAAUUGGACGUGAAGAGACGACCAAAAACACGAGUCUUACCUUCGGAGGUUAUAAAUACCGCGCGUGACACGAAGGUGCGAGUAUAUGGGUUCCUAAUUCUUCACAUCUAUCUAUCUCUCAUUAUCACAACUGCAACUUUUCAGAUCCCUCGGAAAGUAGUCGCAAAACUCAUAUAAUGUCUUCUCCGUCGUUCGCCAUCACGCUCGAAGAGCACACUGCGUUUCCAUCCCUUGGCACUGAAAGUGUAUUCUACGACGACAUAUGGAAGGUAUUCCCACAGACGAAAGAGGCCCUUGAAGACCACUCGACUGGCCGCUUGGCAGAUAUGGACGAGGGUCAUAUAUCGUACCAAAUACUUUCUCACGUUACGGGUUUGAGUAACUACAACCCAGAGGGCACUCGAAAGGCAAAUGACGAGAUGGCCGAAGCUAUCAGAAAGAACCCAAGUCGCCUGGGUGGCUUCGCUGGCCUUCCUAUGGCGCACCCUCGAGCUGCAGCUGCAGAGUUAGAGAGAACAGUGAAGGAGUUGGGAUUUUUCGGUGCCAUGAUUGAUAGCCACCUAGGGGACAUGACUCACUAUGACCACGAGAGAUUCUGGCCUGUUUUUGAGACAGCUGAACGUCUCAAUGUGCCCAUCUAUAUUCAUCCGGCACUACCCCCAGAGUUUGUGCAGAAAGGGCUUUACAACGGCAACUACUCCCCUGUUAUUGCGCAAGGGCUGGCAACGGGCGGAUGGGGUUGGCACCAGGACGUCGGGAUCCACGUUCUCAAACUCUACUCUGCAGGUCUAUUCGCCCGCUUCCCCCGGUUGAAGAUUAUAAUCGGGCAUAUGGGCGAGUUGCUCCCCAUAAUGAUCGACAGGGUGGAUUCAAUCCGCUUCUAUGAAAAGAGCGGGCUGGAACCAUUCCGUGACGUCUGGGACAGGAAUAUAUGGGUGACUUCGAGCGGCAUAUUCAGCGUCAGAACUCUUGAAAUGGUCCUGAAGAUAACAAAGAAGGACCGAAUCUUAUAUAGUAUCGACACACCGUUUAGCAAGAGUAUUGAGGGGUGGAAGUAUCUCCAGAAGCUGGCAGAAGAGAGUUCGCUCUCGAGGGAAGAGUUGGACAUGUUUGCGUUUGGAAAUGCUAAAAAGUUGUUCAAGCUGGACUUGGAGCUCAAGCAAUUCUGAGUACGCAAUUCCCAACAAGUAUUCAAUGGCCAUAACAAGAUCUAUAGAGAUGAUUGGAACAUUCACUACCCCAUAAUUCUAAAUGGAAGCUUCAACAAUUUUUCGGGUAAAUAAUAAUCCUCAGACACGACUCCUAUCUGUCAUCAGCGUUACUACCAAGAAAAGCAAGGGGGAAAAAAGAAAAAAAAACGUUGCAUUAAUCCAGAGAAAGUCAAGAAUUGGACCGAUGUUACUACUGGUGACUUUACAGUUUUGCUUGAAUUUGUCACCCACCAACACAAGGUCUAGGUUGACUGCCGACGCCCCUGAAGCCUCCCCAAC